AUGUCAGAUGACUUAUUAGAAUCUAUAAUUAAUUAUUUUCCUAAAGAUGCUAAUACAUUUCUUGAAUCAUUAACACCUGAAGAAAUGACAAUUGCAACACAAAUUGCUGGAGAAAAACCUUUAACUGAUGAACAAGAAGAUUGGAAUGAAUUUUUGUUAGUUGUUCGUGAUCAAUCAGAACCAUUAUAUAGAAAAAUUAUUAAAGAAGUUAGAAAAGAGGAUGAAAAAGUUAAUAAACUUUCUUAUAAAGGUCGUCAAUUUAUAAAAAAGUUUCAAGAAAAACAAAAAACUGUCUUUCAACCACAUGGAAUUUUAGUUAUGCCUAUGGCUGCAAGAAUGAGUGCAUUAGAAUUAUUUUUAAAUUAUCUUGAUCUUCCUGAAAUAGAAAAAGAAGGCGUUGAUUCUAUAAUUGAUGUCUUUCGUAAACACCUUCCGGUACCACUUUAA